CCGAAAGCGGCGCGCGCGGGCUGCCGAACCGGCGCGAACGCAAGAAGCCGUUCUCCUUUCUGUUCUGCUCUUUCGCACCGAGCCCUUUGUCAGGCCGCGCUGCAUCUGCGUAGGGAUCGGCUGCACAGCGCCAUUCUGGUCGGUCGCAGCAGCCCGCGCUUUGGGAAUCCCGCGUGGGGCUGGCGGCCUGUAGGGCACAAGCAAGCAAGCAACCAUGAACGUCACAUCGCUGCGGCGGCCGGCGAACAAGCCGCGGCGCCCCGCCUGGCGCGCGCCGGGGCCGGCCAAGGUGCCGAGCUGGAGCGCGCGGCCGCCGGCGCAAGUCGUCCGCCGCACGACGCGGACGACGGUCGUCCAGGUCGACGACGCGCAGUUGUUCGCCGAGGAGGCGCCGCGCGCGCCGCCGGCGCGCGUCGCGGCCGCGCCGCCGCCGCCGCCGCCCGCGUGGUCGCCCGGCACGCCGCGCGCGGCGUCGCCGCCGCCGCCGCCCUUCGUGCACCAGGGCGUCGUCGAGUGGUCGCCGCCCCGGCCCGAGGACGCCGACGACGACAUCGUCUGGGCGCGGCCCCGGCCGCUGCCGCGGCCCGCGCCGGCGCCCGUCCUCCAAGCGAGCGACAGAGCCGUCCGCGAGCAACAGCCGCCGCGGUCGCCCCUCGAGAAGCUCGAGUCGCUCGCGGCCGACGGCGACAGCGACGACGAGUCCGCGUCGAUGCCCCGCGACAGCGACGACGCAUCGAGCGCGGCGUCGCCGCCGGCGCGGCCGAAUGUCCGCGACGACGACGGGCCCGCGUCGCCGACGACGAUGGAGGCCGUCGGCCUGCUCGUCGAGCACGCCGCGCGGCUCGAGGACGAGGUCCGGCGCCGCACGGGCGUCCUCGAGGACGAGGUGAUCCGGCUGCGGACCGAGGGCGCGGCCCAGGAGACGGCCGCGCUCCGGGGCGAGCUCGCGGAGCUCCGGGCGGCGAUCCUUGGCGCCGUCCGGCGCGACCCCGAGCCGCACGACGAGAUUGAGAGACUGCGGGACGAGGUCGCAGAGCUCCGGGCCUCGGCGCGCCUGCCGCCCGAGGACUUAGGUGAUGCGCUCGCCGCCGUCACGCGCGCCGCCGUCGACAAGGUCGCCGCCGUGCGGAACCAGGUGGCAGAUCGGCACUGGGUACCGGAGGACGCCGUGGCGCCGACCGGCGUCGAACAAGCUUCGGCAGAUCGGCACCGAGCACAGGAUGACGACGCCGCAGAGCGGACUGGCGUCGAACAAGCGUCGCCGGUAGGAGACGCGGCCGAGGACCCCUGGGCGCCGCUGACGACGGCCGACGGCCACGUCUACUGGUACCACACGGAGACGCACGAGACGACGUGGGAGCGGCCCGUGCCUCCUACGGCGCCGGCGGGCGCGGCGGAGGAGCUGGCGGCGACGGCCCGCGCGCUCGCCGCGCGGGACGCCCGGAUCGCCGAGCUCGAGGCGAGGCUGGAGGCGGCCGCGGCGCCCGUCCCGGAGCCUACGCGGCAACCCGCCGCCGCCCCGGCGCCGCCGGCGGGCGCCUGGGCGCCGCUGACGGCGCCGACGGGCGACGUCUACUGGUACCAUACCGAGACGCACGAGACGACGUGGGAGCGGCCCGUGCCCGUGGCUGCGCCGACGCCUGCUCCGCAACCCGUCGCCGCGCCGGAGGCCGUUCCUACCGCGCCGGCGCCCGUCUUUGCCCCGGCGCACACGGCUGCGCCGGAGCCCGCGUCUACGGCGGGCGGUCUCGCGGCGCAGCUCGAGCUGUGCUCGGCGCUCCAGGGCCUCGGCACGCUGCUGGACGGCCCGGACGCAGCCGCCGCGCCGCCGAGGCCCGACGACGCCAAGCUGGAGGGCCUCGUCGGCGACCUCAUCGGCGCGCUGAAGACCGACGCGGGCAAGCGCGACUUCGAGCGCCUCGCGGCGCAGCAGGCCGCGCGGGACGCCGACGCGCCUGCGGAGCCGGACGACUUCGUCUGGACGCCCGCCCGGCCGCCGACGCCUCCGGCCGCCCCCGCCGCGCCGACGCCUUCGGCUCAACACGAGUUCCAGUCGCGCCGCGCGUCGCUCAAGCGCGUGGUCCGUGACGAGGCGCCGGCGCCCGACGCGCCCGCGCGCGCCGCAGUCGAGGAAACACGAGCCGAGGCCGAGGCCGAGAAAGCUCUGCGCGCCGAGAACGCGCGCCUCCGCGAGGAAAUGGAGCGCGCCGCGGCGGCGCGCGAAGCCGAGAACGCACGCCUCCGCGCGGAGAUGGAAGAGCUCCGGCGCGCCGCGGAACGGCCGGCGCCGCGCGACGACGCGACGACGGCCGCCGCGGCCCCGAUCCUCGCCGAGCUCGAGGCGCGCGCCGCUCGCUUGCGCGAGCUCGAGGAGGCAGCCGUCGCGUCGGCCGCGGCGCGCGCCGCGGCGGAUGCCGCGGCGGCGGCGCGCUGCGACCGCGCGUUCACGGCCAUGGACGCCGCGGCGCAGGCCGCCUCCGAGGCGGCGGCGGCGGCCGCGCUGCCCGUGUUGCCUCCGGCCGCUCCCGCCGCGCCCACAGUAGCCGCGCUGCCCGUGGCACCGGCCGCCGCGCCGACGCCUCCGGCCGCUCCGGCCGCGCCCACGGUACCUGCGGAGCCCGCGUCGGCGCGACACGAGUUCCAGUCGCGCCGGGCGUCGCUCAAGCGCGUGGCACCGACGCGAGAACCGCCAUCACCAUCGCCGGAGCCUGCCUCCGAGGGCGGCCUCCGCCCGUCGGCGAGCAGUUCUUCGCUCGAAGAUCAGAUCGCCGCCGGCCGCCGGAACCUGCGCAAGUCGCCGCCGCCGUCGCCGUCGCCCGCCCACAACACGCGCAAGAGCGUCGAGUCGUACCUGGCGGCGCGGUGGCGCGCCGCGGCCACGGAGCCAGACCCGCCGCUCGCGGACGAAGCCGCGUGCCCGCUCGACGGCGGCGACCUCGGCCCGCGCCUCGAGGCCUUCGAGUCGGAGUCGAUCGCGUCGUCGACCGACAGCUCGACCGCCGCCUCCUCCUCCGUCGAGCGGCCGCGGUCGUUGCUGUCGAAGGCGCGCGCCGUCAACGGCGGGACGCGACCGGCGGAACCGGAACCGGCGCCGGCGCCGGCUCCGCAAGCGCCUGAGGAGUCCUCCGACGCGGGAUCGGCCGAGCCGGCCGAGGACCCCGCCGUCCUGGCCGCUGCCCAGACGCGCCUCGCGGCGUCUGAGGCCGAGCUUGCGGGGCUCCUCGAGGCGCUCGCGCAGACGCGCCGGGACGUCGCCGAGACGCGACGCGUUGUCGACGACGAGUCGAAGGCGUCGGUGGCGUCGUCAAUUGGCGAGUAA